CAUUAAAAAACCACACAAGUUGAAAAAUCAACUCAUGGAGGAAGUGCUUCAGGUUUUGUACCUCAGUUUGUUGAUACAUUAACAUCAUUUGAAGAAAAAGGAUAAGCAGCUUAAUGGAAAGAGUUGUUACCUUGCUUCUGUUCUGCGUUGCUUUGCUGAAUAGUGUAGCAGCUACCUCUGUGAGAGAAAGUAUUAAUGUAUUGCAAUCUAUCAGUGAUGGCCAAGUCAUUGUUUCACCUGGCAAAAUCUAUGCACUGGGAUUCUUCAGUCCACCACAAUCCAAGAACCGUUAUGUGGGAAUUUGGUAUAAUGAGAUCCCAACACAGACUGUAGUAUGGGUUGCCAACAGAGACAACCCUCUUCAUGACUCAUCAGGGGUUUUGAAGCUCGAUGAAACUGGAGUUCUUGUUCUUCUCAGGCACAACAAGAGUGUGAUCUGGUCUUCCAACACAACAGGCUCAGCACGACACCCGGUGGUGGCAAAACUUUUGGAUACUGGAAAUCUCAUUGUGCAGAAUGGAAACGGCAAUGAUGAGGCAAAGGAUUUACUGUGGCAAAGUUUUGAUUAUCCAGUGGACACACUCUUGCCAGGACAGAAGUUUGGAAGAAAUAUAGUGACAGGUCUGAAUCGAUACUUGUCGUCAUGGAAUAGCUCUGAGGAUCCAUCUCAUGGUGUAUAUAGUUAUCAACUUGAUAUCACUGGAUAUCCACAGUUUAUUUUGAGAGAAGGAACCACUAAAACAUAUCGUUUUGGAUCAUGGAAUGGUGUUCAGUUCAGUGGGGCACCUCUGUUGAAACAAAGUGAUUAUACUAGAUUUAGUUUUAUUUCGAACGAGGAGGAGUUGUAUUUCAUGUUUGAGCAUACCAACAAGUCAUUUUUACAUAGGAUGGUGCUAACACCGGAGGGACAUAUACAGGGGACCUUCUGGGAUAAUGUACGAAAACAUUGGAGCUUGCAUGCACGAAUUCCGGUGGAUGACUGUGAUUACUACGGCAAAUGUGGAGCCUAUGCUACCUGCAAUAUAGACAAAAUCCCUCCAUGUCAAUGCUUGGAUGGAUUUGUGCCCAAAACGGCUGACUUGUACGGUGGUUGUGUCAGGAGAACUUCACUGAGUUGUCAUGAAGAUGGGUUUUUACAGGUUUCAGGGUUGAAAUUACCAGACACAGAGAAAUCCUGGUUUUCAAGAAAUAUGAGCCUUGAGGAUUGUAAGAUAUUGUGCAGGAAAAACUGCUCCUGUAAAGCUUAUGCAGCAUUGGAUGUGAGUAAAGGGCCCAAUGGGUGUUUACUCUGGUUUAGUGAUCUGGUUGACAUAAGAAAAUUGACCGAUGUUGAUGAAGAUGUAUACGUAAGGGUGGCUAGUUCAGAAUUAGAGGCUACUAAAGGAAAGCAAUUACAUAAACCCAACAUCCGGAAGCAAGAGAGUGUUUUCAUAAGUUGUGUGUUGUUUAUUGGAAUUUUAGUACUAUGUUUAACCUUCAUCCUUUAUAAACGGUUGAAGACAUGGCAGAAAGGAAAGAUGGAAGGUAAUCUAGAACCAGACGUGAGUGUAAUAAAUGAUCACGAGAGUAAAGAUCUAGAGUUACCCAUGUUUGAGUUGUCUACAAUUACUUCUGCAACCAACAACUUUUCACCUGACAACAAACUUGGAGAAGGUGGCUUUGGAUCAGUUUAUAAGGGAAUCCUGGCCGAUGGAGGAGAAAUAGCAGUGAAGAGGCUCUCUAUGAAUUCCAAACAAGGACUUCCAGAGUUCAAAAAUGAAGUUAUGCAUAUUGCAAAGCUUCAGCACAGGAAUUUAGUGAGGCUACUAGGGUACUGCCUUCAAGCAGGAGAAAGAUUGCUUGUUUAUGAAUUUAUGCCCAACAAAAGCUUGGAUUCCUUCAUAUUUGAUGAAAACAAGAGCAUGUUACUAGAUUGGCCCAGGAGAAUGCUGAUUAUCAACGGGGUUGCACGGGGUCUUCUUUAUCUUCAUCAAGAUUCAAGGCAUAGAAUAGUUCAUAGAGAUCUCAAAGCGGGUAAUGUUUUGUUAGAUAGUGAAAUGAACCCAAAAAUCUCAGACUUUGGACUGGCUAGAAGCUUUGGAGGAAAUGAAAUCGAAGCAACCACAAAACAUGUAGUUGGAACCUAUGGCUAUCUUCCUCCAGAGUACAUAAUCGAUGGAGCUUAUUCAACAAAGUCAGAUGUUUUCAGCUUUGGUGUGCUGAUAUUGGAGAUAGUGAGUGGGAAGAGAAAUAAAGGGUUCUGUCAUCAAGAUAAUCUUCUGGCACAUGUAUGGAAACUGUUUACUGAAGGGAAAUGUUCUGAAAUAGUUGAUGCAGCAAUAACAGAGUCAGUUCAUUUGUUUGAAGCUCUAAGAACAAUUCAUGUGGGACUACUGUGUGUGCAACUAAAUCCUGAAGACAGGCCAAACAUGUCAUCUGUGGUUAUGAUGUUGACCAGUGAAUCUGCACUGCCUCAGCCAAACUUGCCUGGAUUCUUUACAAGUACAAGCAUGGCUGGUGAUAGUUCAUCAUCAAGCAGUCAUAAACAAUACACAAAUAAUGACUUGUCACUUAGCAUAAUGUCUGCUAGAUACCUUGCCAUGCUGAAAAGUACAGCAGCCGCUACUCUGAGAGACACUAUUGAUACAGUGCAAACUAUCAGUGACGGCGAGAUCAUAGUUUCAGCUGGAAAAGUCUUUUCAUUAGGAUUCUUCAGUCCAGGCAAUUCAAAAAACCGUUAUGUUGGAAUUUGGUACUACAGAAUCCCAAUACAGACUGUAGUAUGGGUUGCCAACAGAAACAACCCUCUUACUGACUCAUCAGGGGUUUUGAAGCUCAAUGAAACUGGACUUCUAGUUCUUCUCAACCAUAACAAGAGUGUUAUGAUUGGCAAUUACUGCACUGCAGGAAAAAUGAAAAGCCAUCUAGAAAGAGAUGCAACUGUAAUAAAUGAGCACGGGAAGGAAGAUGGAGAGUUACCAAUGUUUGAUUUGUCAACAAUUAGGUCUGCGACAAAUGGCUUUUCACUUAACAACAAACUAGGUGAAGGUGGUUUUGGACCUGUUUAUAAGGGCAUCCUGGACGAUGGAAGAGAAAUUGCUGUCAAGAGAGACUCAAAGAACUCAAGCCAGGGACUUCAGGAGUUCAAAAAUGAAGUUAUGCACAUUGCAAAACUUCAGCAUAGGAAUUUAGUGAGGCUACUGGGCUACUGCAUUCAAUCAGGAGAAAGAUUGCUUGUUUAUGAAUUCAUGGCAAACAAAAGCUUGGAUUCCAUACUAUUUGAUGAGAAGAAGAGCCUAUUACUAGAUUGGCCAAGGCGCUUGCUCAUUAUCAAUGGGAUUGGUCGGGGGCUUCUGUAUCUUCAUGAAGAUUCAAGGCAUAGAAUAGUUCACAGAGAUCUCAAAGCUGGGAAUGUUUUGUUAGAUUGUGAAAUGAACCCCAAAAUCUCGGACUUUGGACUUGCCAGAAGCUUUCUAGGAAAUGAAACUGAAGCAAACACAAAGCGUGUAGUUGGAACCUAUGGCUAUAUGUCGCCAGAGUAUAUAAUUGAUGGAGCUUAUUCAACAAAAUCGGAUGUUUUCAGCUUUGGUGUGUUGAUACUGGAGAUAGUGAGUGGUAAGAGAAAUAGAGGAUUUGGUCAUCAAGAUAAUCUUCUGGCUCAUGCAUGGAGACUAUUUACUGAAGGCAAAUGCACUGAAAUAGUUGAUGCAACAAUAAGAGACUCGGUCAAUUUAUCUUCAGCUGUGAGAUUAAUUCAUGUGGGGCUACUUUGUGUGCAACUAAGUCCAGAUGACAGGCCAAACAUGUCCUCUGUGGUUCUGAUGCUGAGCACUGAGUCUACGUUGCCUCAGCCAAAAUUGCCUGGACUUUUUACAGAUAGGAACCUGGUUGAGGACAGUUCUUCAUCAAGCACUCAUAAGCAAUACUCAAAUAAUGACAUGACAGUUAGCAUAAUGUCUGCUCGAUAGGUUGCAUUUCAAAAUUAAUAUCGGAGGAGUUUAAUUUGUGCGUGUGUAACUAU